UUUGCGGUGACACAGAGGGCGGUCGGUGAGAGUUUGCCUGGAGCAGCGAGUCGGAGUCUUUGUGCGAGUGCGAGGGGCGGGGGGGUUCCCCGGGAGCGCGAGCGGGAGAACGCUGACAAUGUCGGGGAUUCCUCCGGACACUUGGCAACCCCAGAAUGUUACACUGGAAACCACCAUGGGAAACUUAUUACUGGAGUUAUAUUGGAAGCAUGCACCGAAAACGUGCAGGAACUUUGCUGAGUUGACUCGGAGGGGUUAUUACAAUGGUACAAAGUUCCAUAGAGUCAUCAGUGGCUUUGUGAUUCAAGGCGGAGAUCCAACUGGAACAGGUAGAGGGGGGUCAUCUAUUUAUGGAAAACAUUUUGAAGAUGAAUUACACAAAGAUUUAAAAUUCACAGGUGCAGGGAUCCUUGCCAUGGCGAAUGCAGGCCCAGAUACGAAUGGCAGCCAGUUCUUUAUAACUUUGGGACCCACACCACUGCUGGAUGGAAAGCACACAAUCUUUGGCCGUGUGUGCCAUGGGUUGUCAGUAGUUAAGCGUAUUGAACUGGUGGAAACUAAUCGUGAUGACCGACCUACAGAUGAUGUCAUCAUUUUGAAAGCCACAGUAAAUGUAGCGCAUUAAGACUCUAGAGGUAUAAUGAUGCUACUCACAGAAUGGUUACGGUGCGGAAGGAGGCCAUUUGGCCCACCGUGUCUGCACCAGCUCUCCAAAUGAGCAAUUCAUUCAGUAGCACUCCCCUGCCUUCUCCCUGUAGUCCUGCACAUUCUUCCUUUUCAGAUAACAGUCCGGUUCCCAUUUGAAUGGUUCCGUUGAACCUGCCUCCACCACACUGUCAAACAGUACAUUCCAAACCCUAACCACUCGCUGCGUAAAAAAGUUUCUCCUCAUAUCAGUUUUGCUUCUUCUACCAGAUGCUUUAAAUCUGUGCCCUCUCAUUCUCUAUCCUUUCAAAAGUGGGAAUAGUUUCCCCCUGUCUACCCUGUCCAGACCCUCAUGGUUUUGAAUGCCUCUACUCAAUGAUAAGGAAUAAUUCCUGGGUAGUGGUGUUUUGUCUUAAGUAACCUCCCUGCAUAAAAAUGUUGUGUAUUUUUAAUAGCGGGAUCAUUCAUAAACCUUUGCAGCAGCACACGUGACUUCACCAAGACAUUUGAAUUCAUUCCCUUGCCAGUGAUAAUCCAAGCCAUUUCCUAUUGGUGCCUUGUGGUACAUAUUUGCCUGCAUCACGUAGAAUAAUACAUGAAAAUGCAAUAUUAACCACAAAUUUCACAAUACAAUUUGUGCAAUUUUUAUUGCAAAGGGAACAAAAAUGACACAUGGAAGAGAUACAGAUUCCUGAGAGUGGUGUGAUCUUGGUCUUCCCAUAGUGGAUCUAACCCAAAAUCAAAUACAUCAGCUUGCCACAGAUACUGGAACCCUUUACCCUUUUCCCUGCAAGAACAUAAUUGAGAAUGGAAGAUCAUUUUCUCAAACUAAAAUUGAAAUGUACUGUAUACACAGCACUAUAUAUGUCUAUCUUGUUCCAAUAUAUGUGUCUUUUGGAAGAGAUUUGUGCAUAUUUUGUUAUCAAUACACUUGGCAACUGAGUGAGAAAGGAAGUUUCUGCUUAAGUGAUAUGUUUAAUUUCCUAAUUUGGAGAAAUUGUUCUUGUGCUUGUUUAAUAUGGGGAUAUAAUGAUGGCUGGUGUAGCAAAUAAAACUCAGCUUACAAUGGUGUAGUAGGGACUUGUCCUGAGGCUUAAGAUAUAUUCUGGUAGCAGAGUACAGGAAGCUUUACUUUGCAUUUGUUGUCUUCUCUACUUGACUUUAUCAUGCUGACUCUAAAAAUGAAAACAAAUAGCAGAUUUUGAUAAUUAAAUAGGGAGGAAUUGGAAAAAACUCAAAACCAUAUGGCGUCUGCAGUGCACCCAUUUUACUAACUGGACUGCCAGGUUUCCUCUUGGCAUGUCAUCAGCCAGUCUGAGUCUUCCCAGCCUUUUCCUACACCAUCCCAGUGCGCAAGCUUUUCAAGCCCUAUCCUAACGUCCCUAGCUUGGCCUUAGCAGCAGGCUUCCUUCCUCUCCUGGUGUCAACACCUGUUCUCAAUUGGACUGUUGUCAGAAGCAGGGACUGCUGGUGACUUUUCCUCAUAUUGCUAACCUGGUUGACAGCAGCUAACUCAACAUUGACUAGAUAUUGAACACAGGAUGGUUGGCUCAGGUACACAGUGCUUUUACCAAUUGACCAUUGUGGGAGCUGAUUUAACCAAUUACAAAAAUACAACGUAAAGAAUAUAGGGAGUGAAAUCCCAUCUUCUCGAUUUUUUUUGUUAAAUUGAAGGAAAUAUCUCAUUUCCCACAGUUCUUUCUUCUCACCAAAUGUAUAUGCCAAUAGUGUAGCUAUUAACAACAAAACAUACAGAAGCAAAAUACUGUGGAUGCUGGAAAUCUGAAAUUAAAACAGAAAAUGCUGGAAAUACUCAGCAGGUCUGGCAGCAAGAGAUUGAGCUAAUGUUUCAGAUCUGUCAUCAGAACUCUGGCUUAAUAUUUACCAGCUAACAAAAUCCACUCUUUUUGUUACCACAACAGUAUAAUUGAAAAAAGGGUAAGUUUCUCUUUCCCUUCGCUAGAAUAAAUUGGGGCAGUUUGCGGCUUUGGCCUAGGUUUUCUGAUUGGAAACACUUUCCUGCCAGAUGAGACUUCUACCCAGUACAGAGAUACCUAGACAACUUAGUGGUCUCAGGUCAGUUGUGUGCUGAAGACAGGGAGUCCAUUCUUCAUUGGCGAGUUGUGCUAAACAGGCUAGGAACUUUUAAAGGCAGGCUUUGGAAGAAGAUGGUCUUUGAGCCACCAAAAAACAUUAGAAAAUAUUUCCCCCUAAUUCUGUCUGUUGUUCCUGAAGCCUGUGCACAGCAGGGCUCUGAAAGUAUUUGCACAGGCCUCUAGUGAAUAAGCCUCUUGAGGCUUCAUCAACCUUUGAAUGUUUAAGUGUCAGGACAGAACCCACAGCUUUGGCAUUUUCACAGUCAAAGAGGGUAAGUGGAGGAAACUACAGUGGAUGUCAUACUUCCUCAUUGUAAUCUGUUUAGUAUGUGGGAGGGAACUAGAAAGCAAAGAACUUUGUCAAAAAACAUUCACCUUAUUCUUUAAAAGCAUAUAGUGUAGCUAUUUCUGAAUUCAGUGGCUAAGACUCUGCAAUGAUCUCAAACAUAGUUUCAGUAAUAACUAUAGAAUCUAAUUGUUUGAUUUUGUACUUGUACAUCCUGUUUACAUCAGUGUGAAAAUACUUUCAAUGAUCUGUCAACUAACAAGCCCAAAAGCUUUGCCUUUUUAGUCAUUGUACUCCUCAUGAAUGGUCUUGUUUUCUAUUUGCAGUUUCAUAUGUACUUCAUUUUUUCCAUUUACCAGUAUUAAACACACACUCCUCAUCUA